AUGUCGCCGGCGCCUGUGGCUCGCUCGUCGACGGGCUGGUGGCCUCGUGGAUUCACAGCCGAGCAUGCGAAAUCGGCCGUGCUCGUGCUCAUAGCGCUGCAGUAUGUGCUCAGGUGGUCCCGGACCCUGCGCGCAGAGGGCGUCUGGCGCUUGUUGGCCCUCGCGAAGCACGCUGUGUUGCUGCGCGUAUUCCGCCUCAUGAUGCUCAUUCCCUCGAAUCGCCAGCGCGUCGAGCGCGAGAUGGCCGCCGCUAUGAAAGAUAUCUCCAAGUCGCUCAUGCCGGCGUCGGCGGUGCCCACGAUGCGCGAGCUGCCAGCGCAUGGUCGUGACGUGUCGUGGGUCCAGGCACAGCUCGAUGCCCUGCAGCGUCUGGGUGCGCACGGCGAGGCGGACGGGCGCAGUGUGUACCUGGAUGGCCAGGUGUCUGGCACCGUGUACCAUGGGGGCGAAGAACUGAAUCGCGUGACGCUCGCGUCCCUCGAGCGCUUCCUCCUAACGAAUCCGCUGCACCCCGAAGUGUUCCCAGGUCUGCGCAAAAUGGAGGCAGAAGUCGUGGCGAUGGUCCUGUCCAUGUUCCAUGCGCCGACAGGCGCAGCAGGCACGACGACGUCCGGCGGCACGGAGUCGAUUAUGAUGGCAUGCCUGGCCAUGCGGGAAUGGGGCCGUGCUGAGCGAGGCAUUACGCACGCCGAGAUCGUGGCGCCGUCGAGCGCUCAUGUGGCCUUUGACAAGGCGGCGCACUACUUUGGCAUGACCAUUCGCCGCGUCGCCGUGGACCGCGUCACACGCAAGGUGGAUAUUCAUGCCAUGCAGCGCGCCAUCAAUGCGAAUACGGUGCUGCUGGUGGGCAGUGCGCCCAACUUCCCCGAUGGCAUCAUCGACGAUAUCGUGGCGAUAGGCUCGCUCGCCAAGCACUACCGCAUCGGGUGCCAUGUCGACUGCUGCCUCGGAUCGUUCCUGGUGCCCUUCCUCGAGGCCGCCGGCUACGUGAGUGAGCCGUUUGAUUUCCGUGUGGACGGCGUCACGUCCAUUUCGUGCGACACCCACAAGUACGGCUUUGCCCCCAAGGGCUCAUCCAUCGUCAUGUACCACUCCGAGGCCCUGCGGCGAUACCAGUACUUUGUCUCGACCGACUGGGUCGGCGGCGUGUAUGCCUCGCCGACACUCGCAGGCUCCCGUGCCGGCGCCCUGAUUGCGGGCGCGUGGGCGGUCAUGACGAGGCUCGGUCGCGAUGGCUACAUUCAGAGCUGCCGCGAGAUCGUCGGCGCCGCCAAAGAGAUCGAGAAGCGCGUGCGGGCGGAGAUCCCUGAGCUCGUCGUGCUCGGCAAGCCCCUCGUGAGCGUCGUGGCGUUUGGCAGUGCGGGCCGCGUCAACAUCUAUGACGUCGGCGACCAAAUGAGCCGCCGUGGCUGGCACCUGAAUGCGAUCGGCGGUGAGAUCCCCGCCUUCCACAUCGCCUGCACCCGUCUGACCGUGCCCGUGGUCGGUCGCUUCAUCGACGACCUCAAGGCGAGUGUCGCCGACUCUCAUACCAAGCCGUCCAAGUCCGGCGCUAUGGCGACCGUAUACGGCCUGCACACGACCACACCCGUGGCACCCAUGCUUCUUCGCGAGAUGGCUUCGCGCUACAUUGAUACGAUGUACAAGGUCGACUAG